GGAGGAGCCAUUGGAACGAAAAAAAUGGCGGCUGUGUUGCAGCAAAUAUUGGAGCGGUCGGAGAUAUCUAAAUUACAAAAAACUGCCGUAACUAAAUUGGAGAAGUACAUUUCAGAACAGCAAUGUGAAAUUGAUUGUCUGAAGGCACACCAGGAGCAAUAUCGAGUGGACAGUGAACAACAUUAUUUUGACAUCGAGAAGAAGUUCGCAGAGAGCCAAGCUCAGUUUGUGUCCCAGACUCAAGAACACCAUAUUCUAAAAGAAAAGUGCUGUAAACUAGAGGAUGAGCUUAAAUGUCUAUGGGAAACAAAUAAGGAGCAAGAAUCCUCAUACACUAAACUGGAAUCUCAACAGAAUGAACUUUACAAAGCCAAAGAUGCGCUUGAGGUGGAGAAGAGAGAGCUUGUGCAGACUUUGGAAAGAAGAUCCCAGGAGAUGGGACAUCAGAGUGAGGACUUGAAGCGUCUUAAUGAUAGAUUGGUGGAGGUCAAUGCAGAGAAGAUGCAGCUUCAGCUCAGAUUGGAUAAAUUGGAAGCCUCUGAGGUCUCGGUCAAGUAUAAAGAGAAGCGAAUGGAGCAGGAGAAAGAUCUACUCCAAAGUCAAGUGACCUGGCUGAACACUGAGCUUAAGGCCAAGAGUGACGAGCUACUGUCUCUCUCCCGGCAGAGAGGCAAUGAGAUCCUAGAGCUGCAGUGCACUCUGAAUAACAAGGAGGAUGAGAUCGCUCGACUCCAAGAUCAGGUGACCAGUCUGAAGGCGUCCAAUGAGAGCCUUCAGAGGCAAGCAGAGGAGAUGAUCACCAAGCUGAGAGAGGUAAAGGAACAGCAAGCCAGUUUGGAGGAGAAGUUCAGCAAUGAACUCAAUGCAAACAUCAAGAUCUCAAAUUUGUAUAAGGGAGCAGCAGCUGAUGCUGAGGCCAAGAGUGAGGAGCUCAGUAGAGCUGUGGAGGAACUUCACAAGUUGCUUAAAGAGGCAGGAGAAGCACAUAAAGCUCUAGAAGUGAAGAUGGCAGAGCUGGAGAGUUGUAAGGAUAAGGAAAUCGCUGAACUGAAAGAGAAAAUCAGCAGCCAGGAGAAAGAGCUUGAUAACGCUAAUGAGCUGCUGUCUGACACCAAACACAGAGGAGCUGCUUCAAUUCUCAUAGAGGACCAGGUGACCACCAUGUCACCCACCGCAGCUGUAGUCGCCAAAGUCAUAAAACCAGGCAUGAAACUCACAGAGAUCUAUUCAGCAUAUGUCGAGACGCAAAAACAGCUGCAACAAGAGAAGCUUGAGAACAAACGGCUGCACAAGUACUUGGAUGACAUUGUGCAGGAGAUGGAAGCCAAAGGGCCUAUUCUGAAGAGGCAGAGAGAGGAGAGUGAGCGCAUGCAGAAGUCUGUUUCCAAUCUCUCUGCUAAACUAGAGCAAGCAGUCAUGGAGGUCCACCGCUUGCAAAAAGAAGCAGAUGAAGCCAAUAAACAUUCCUCUGUGCUGGAGAGAGACAACCAGAGGUUUGAGGUGCAGCUGGCUGAUAUGUCUCAACAGGUCCGUGUCCUCCUGAUUGAGCUUGAGGAGGCACGCGGGAACCACGUUAUGCGUGAGGAAGAUGAGGUGUGUUCUGCGGAUGUGAGCAGCACUUCUGAGGUGAUCUCUCAGCACCUGGUCACCUUCCGCAGCAUCGAAGAGCUGCAGCAGCAGAAUCAGCGCCUCCUAGUGGCUCUCAGAGACCUCAGCGAGGCCAAGGAGAAGGAUGAGUUGGAUGGAGACAUCAUGAAACGCAGUGAGGUGGAGCAGUAUCUAGAGGAGCUGCAGCGUGAGUUGGAGCAGUUGAAGGAAAAGAGAGCUCAGGACCUGCAGAAGGUUGAUGCUGUUGCACGACAGAGGGACAUGUUCCGCGUGCUUUUGACCCAGACCACUGGAGUCGCCUUCCCACAGCUGGGUGCUGUUACUGAGGAGCUUAUGCUGACUUCCACGCCCCGCCGAUCUCCAGCCGUCACACCCACUGCAGUUACUCCUACAGGACUGGUUGCCACAGCGAUAGAAUCCACAGAGUCAGUAGAGGCCAAGGCUGCCCUAAAGCAGCUUCAGGAAGUCUUUGUGGCCUAUAAGAAGGAAAAAAAUGAAUCUGAGAAGGCUCUGACAGAGCAAAGUGAGAAGCUACAAGAUCAAGUAACCGAACUGCACUCUGAAAACACCAAGAUAUCCACACAGCUGGAGUUCACCUCCAAACGGUAUGAGAUGCUCCAGGAUAAUGUGGAGGGCUACCGUAAGGAGAUUGCCUCUCUGAAUGAGAAGACUCAGAAACAGGCUGCAGCCAUUCAGAAGAGUGAACAGACCAUACACACUCUCACCCAAAAUAUGAAAGAAGCAACAGAGAAACUCACCUUUGCCGUGUCUGAGGCAGAGAACCUGCGGAAAGAAAGAGACAUGUUGAAGAUGAUGGAGACCAGACUGACCCAGGAGAAAGAGUCCAUCCAGGCCCAACAGCUUGGCCAAAACAUGCUGCUGACCAACCUCAAAUCAAUGCAGGCAAUUCUAGAGCACUCGGAGACGGAGACUAGGCAGCGGCUGAAUGCUCAGAUUGAGAAACAGGAGAGAGAGAUUGCUCAGCUUCAAAAGAGACUCGAGAAUGAGGUGGAACAGAAGCACCUGCUUGCACGCAAUCAAGACAUGCAGUUGAUGGAUGCUAAAAGGCAGCUGGAUUCACAGGCAGCCCAGCACCAGAGGACCAGAGAACAACUGAGUGCUGCCCAACAGGAGCUCAGCAACCUGAGGCUGCAGAUGAGCAGCAGUGAGAGUCGGCUGGCAUCCCCCACCACACACACAGGCCUGCAUAGCAAUGAGGGAGACAUGGAGGUUCUGCGCACCCAGCUGAAGCGAGCUCAGAGCAGUGCGGAAGAAUUGGCUGAGUGCAUGAAAAACACCACUGCCAGUAUGGAACAGUACAAGGCCAUGAGUCUUAGCCUGGAGGAAUCUCUUGAUAAAGAGAAACAAGUGACAGAGCAGGUGCGUGCUUCUGUUGAAAUCCAGUUGAAGGCAGCUCAGGAUCAAAACAAACAGCUUGAGCAGAAACUCCUUGAAGUGGACAAGGAAAAGCAAAGCUUGCAGGAGGAGAACAACCGAGCUGUUGCUGCUGUGGAGCAGCAGCUGAGCGAGCUAAAAAAAUCUCUGAGUAGCCUGCAGGCGGAGCACCAGAGCGCCCUGGAUAGAGCCACUGUUGCUACAGCCCAAGAGCAGCAAGCCAUUCUGGACGGUCAAGAACAGGCCAGGCUGGCAGCUGAGGCGCAGGAUAAGUAUGAGAGGGAGAUGUUGCUGCAUGCGGCUGAUGUGGAGGCCCUUCAGGCAGCCAAAGCUCAGGCUCAGCAGGUGACUCUUCUUAGACAGCAACUAGAAGAAAAAGUUCAGAGCACCAGUGCACAGCUGCUGGAGGCUCGGAUCUCCUGGGAGGAACAAGAAAAGAUACUCAAGGAAGAGCAGUGUAAGUUACAGUCUCGCUGUGAGGACUUGCAGAGGCAGAAUGCACUCCUCCACGAGCAGAUUCAGAGUCUGAGUGGACAGAUGGCCAGUCAGCUGCAGCGAGCAGCCAGUGAAAGUCCACUCAACAUCUCGCUGACUGAAGAGGGCAAGUCUCAGGAGCAGCUCCUUGAGAUCCUCAGGUUUGUGCGGCGGGAGAAAGAGAUCGCAGAGUCUCGAUUUGAGGUGGUUCAGGGGGAGAGUCUUAGACACAGGCUGAGAGUGGAGCAUCUGGAGAGACAGUUGAAGGACCUACAGGAGAGUCUGAGAGCAGAACGGGAGAGGAUGCAGGUGACCGCAAAGACUCUGGCUCAGCAUGAUGAGCUGAUGAAGAAGACUGAAACAAUGAACGUGCUUAUGGAUACCAAUAAGAUGCUAAGAGAGGAGAAAGAAAAACUGGAGCAGGAGCUCCUGGAGACUCAGGCCAAGGUGCGUAAACUGGAGUCAGAAAUCUUGCCUAUGCAGGAGUCCAAUGCAGAGCUGAGUGAGAAAAGUGGCAUGUUACAGGCAGAGAAGAAGCUUCUGGAAGAGGACAUAAAACGUUGGAAAGCUCGCACUCAGCAACUGGUGAGCCAGCAGAAAGAUACUGACCCAGAGGAGUACAAGCGCCUGCACUCUGAGAGGGAGGGCCACCUCAAACGCAUCCAGCAGCUCACAGAGGAGACGGGCCGACUCAAAGCUGAGGCUACCAGGAACAGUGGCUCAUUGACCAUGCUGCAGUCUCAGUUGCAGAACCUCAGGGAGAACCUAGGAAAGGUAAUGUUUGAGAGAGACAGUUUGAAGAAGGACAUGGAGGCCAAAAAUCUGGACAUCCAGGAGAAAAUCAAGACUAUCACACAGGUCAAGAAGAUUGGCCGGCGUUAUAAAACCCAGUAUGAGGAGCUCAAGGUUGAAUACGACAAGAUGGUAGCUGCAGCAGCCUCAGCACCAGCUCAGGAUCAGGAGGCCCAACAGGCAUCAGCUCAAGAACUUCAGGGUCUCAGAGAGUCGCUCAGCCAGUCAGAGAGCAGGACAAGGGAACUUGAAGGCCAGCUGGAGAAUCUCAAUAGAACUGUUGGUGAGAGGGAAGCAGAGGCACGCAGUGCACAGGAACAAGCCUCCCGUCUGCAGGGAGAGCUAACGCGCCUCAGACAGGAGCUUCAGGAGAAAUCCUCUCAGGAGGAGCGACUUAAACAGCAGCUUGGAGAAAAGGAGGAGAGAACUAAGAAGGCCAUACUAAUGGCCAAGCAGAAAAUCAGCCAGCUUACUGGUGUAAAAGGUCAGCUCCAGAUAGAAAAUGAAGAGCUGAAGCAACAAAAAGAGGAACUGGAGGUACGGGUAAGCGCUCUUAAGUCUCAGUACGAGGGUCGUCUGAACAGACAGGAGAGAGAGCUGCGAGACCUCCGUGAGCAGCAGGAGAGACAUGGAGAGCAGAGGGACGAGCCUCCAGAGCAGGGCUCCAGCAAGACCCAGGAACAGCAGAGAACAACUGAGCAGCGUCAGAUCUCUCUGAAGACCACACCAGUGGCAGACAGAGGGAGUGCAAGCACUUCAGAACCUCCAACUGCUAACAUAAAGCCUACACCACUUGCGGCAACCCCCAGCAAACCUCCAGCCAUCCCUGGGAACAAGUCCACCCCAAGAGCCAGCAUUAAACCAAUGAUCACUCCUGCCCCCGUGCCCACCCCUACACCCACUGCUACAGUCAUGCCUACCACACAGGUGGAGAGCCAGGAAGCUAUGCAGUCAUCCGAGGGCCCGUUAGAGCAUGUGACUGUGUACGGCAGUGCCAGCGGUUCAGUGCGGUCAACUAGCCCUAAUGUUCAGAGCACGCUGGCGCAACCCUUGCUGAAUGUUCAACAGCAGAGCCAAGCCACUGCAUUCAUCCAACCCACUCAGCAGCAAACCCAACCUCCUGCUGAACCAUCCAAUCAGGAGCCACCAGCUGCUGUAAUGAUAACAGCCUCACAGUUAGAUAGGCCUAUGUCUACAUCCACAAGCUUGUGGAGUACCACUCCUAGCACAAGCAGUGCUAGUGCAGUGGCAGCUUCUACUAGUAGCGCCUUGACCAAACGCCCCCGUGAAGAGGAGCAAGAGAGCAUGUCUGCAGACACGCAGUCCCAGGAUGAGCCCAAUGACAGUCCCAUUUGCAAGAGGGUCCGCAUCCAUAGAGUGGGGUUGGAGGAAGAGAUGUUGGCUGAGGACAGCACCGAGGCUGAGAGUGUUGUACCAGGGGAGAGCCAGGAGGCCCCUGAUGCUGGUCAGGAGUUGGAGAGCUACUCUACUUUGGAGGAGAUGGAUGAGGAGCCUGGACCAUCUCAGUCUGUCCCUGGGGACCGACUUCUGCCCCAGCCCUCAGAGACCCAUCGAAGCCCAGAUGGGCCCGAUCAACAUGUCAUAGUUAUCGUUAGUGACACAGACAGUGAGGAAGACCAUGAAGAAGAAUCAGAGGAGGAAGAGGAGGAAGAAGAGCAGGAUUAUGAAGAGGAAGAUGAGGAAGAAGAGGAGGAGGAUGACGAUGAUGAUGAGGAGGAGGAUGGUGGUAUUGGGGAAGAGGGAGAAGACAGCAAUGAAGGGAGUGGCAGCAGAGAUGGCAAUGAGGCCUACGAGAGAGAUGAGACAGAGGGUCCUGAUCACACAGAUCCAGGUACUGAGACGGAGGAAAGUCUUGGAGCAACAGACUCCACUCAGCGUAUGGCUGACUCGCAGAGCACCAGCUUUGAAACUGGUACAUUGGAGGCCUUUGCAGAUCCACCUGUCACCAGCUCCGCCCCCCGACCUCCACAAUCACCCAGGAGACCACAGCACCCUCUGCCACCUCGACUAAACAUAUUGGCCCCACCUACUCAGGAGUUGGGGCCACCUGCUCAUGUCCAGCGUCUCCCUGUUCGACGGCAGUCAGUGGGACGAGGCCUUCAGCUUACCCCUGGAAUGGCCAGUAGUGCACAGCAUAUCUUUGAAGACGAUGACAGGAUGGUGCCCAGCACCCCUACACUAGUCAUUCCUCAUCGCUCUGAUGGAUUUGCUGAAGCAAUCCAUUCUCCACAGGUUGUAGGUGUAACACGGUUCCGUUUCGGGCUUUCAGAUGAUCUCCCACACACCAGCUCUUCCCAUUCAGACCAUGGCCAGCUGCCCUCACAAGGUUUAGGCAUGUAUGACAGUUCGGUUUUCCUUGGAGCUCAUGAGGAGGAGUCAGGGGGCCGCAGUGUGCCCACAACCCCACUACAGAUUGCUGCUCCUGUGACGAUUUUCUCAGAGACUGUGCCAUCUGACAUAACUGAACAUGCUUCUCAGUCGGUGCCCAUGGUGAGCACCUCCACGCCAGGUCUCAGUGCUCCAACAGGCGCUAGUGGAGUGGAGGAGAAUGACGAUAUGUUUAUGGAGGCAGUUGGAGAAAGUGCUGAAGCUUCACUUGAGCCUGUGUCUCAGACUGAGGCAGAGGAACCAGCCCAGCCUUCAGAUGAGGCCAAUCUGCCCUCCACUAGUCAGGAGCCUUCCUCUAGUUCUGCAGACACAAGCUGCACUCAGCCUCCCAAAGCCAGAACAGGGUCCAGCAGACAGUGGGCUGGUAGUCGAGGUACCAGGAGCUUGGUAAAGAGAGGUAAGACGAUGACGUUUUAGGCUCUCCCACUCUGGCAAAUGAAUCUGAUGGAGCGAACGUCAUGGGUGUGAAGGGACGUUUUGCCAGGUGAAGCAAUCUCCAACAGUGUGGUCAUCAUUCCAGUCCCUGCAGCAACACAGUCUGAAUUAAUACAGUUCCAAACGAACAGUCUGAUCUUUGUUCUGCUUCAAGGCUUCAUUCAGUGUGUUAUAAUUGUUUUCUUAAUGUUGAGCAACCCAUUUAUUUUAAUGAUUUUACACCAUACAAUAAAAAUAAUUUUGUUUUGAAGGAAAUUUU